CACAACCAUCUAUCUAAAGCCAAAAGCUGACCUCUAGGCCUUUACUUUACUCUACCUCAAAGUCACCAUGCCUAGUACAAAGAAGGCCAAGCCCGAGGAUGAAAUUCCUCAGGCGGAUGCUCAGUUCAUCGUCCAAUGCGUUGUCAACAUGACCCCUGAUAGACAAGUUGACCUGAACAGGGUGGCCAGUGCGCUUGGAUAUGGCAACGUUGCCUCUACUGCGAACCGAUUCCGCCUCCUGCGCAAGCGUUAUGGAUUCGAGCUCGAAGCCACUCAAACCGGAAGCCCCAUCAAGGCCAAAAAGACGUUGACUGAAGGCAAUGAUGUUCUGGAUGCUCAGAACAAUGAGGACGAUCCCGGAGCCGUUACCCCGACCAAACGCAAGGCGCCUGCGAAGGGGACCGCCAGAAAGAAGGUCAAAGCCAACCAAGACGCGACUGCUGAUUUGGACCCCUCUGAUGAAGCGGAGGCCGAAUCUGAGGUUGAUACCAAACCGAAUCCCAAGGGUCGCAAGAAGAACACUGCCGCCCGUCCCAAGGCUGCUUCUAAGGUGGAAGUCGUCGUCGAGCCCGAGACCAUGGACAAGACUGAUAUCACCAACGAGGUUGUUUGA